AUGAGAUGUGCAGGAUGUUUACAAGAAUUUUGUUAUAAUCAUUCAUCAGAUCAUCGACAAGAACUCAAUAAACAAUUUGAUAAAGUUGAAGUUAGUCGUAAUCUUUUUCGACAAAAACUUACUCAACAAACAAUUGAUCCACAAAAACAUCCAUUAAUACAACAAAUUAAUGAUUGGGAACGUCAGUCAAUCAAAAAAAUUCGACAAACAGCAGAAGAAGCAAGACAAAUUUUACUUCAACAUACUAUUGGACAUAUUACAAAAAUCGAGAUUGAUCUAAAUAAGUUAACUAAUCAAUUAAAACAAAGUCGUGAAAAAAAUGAUUUUUAUGAAACAGAGCUACAUCAUUGGAAUGAAGAAUUAAAGCAAUUAGAGAAAGAACUCAAUAAACCAUCGAAUAUUCAUCUUCGAGAAGAUUCUAGAUUACUUAUUAACAAAAUUUCUGUCGAUGUGAGAUCGGUAUUGUUAUCCAUGCCGAAUAUUGGUGCAAAUGCGAAAUGGAUCCAGAAUGGUAUCACAAUAGCUGGAGGAAAUGGAUAUGGCAAUGAUGUCAGUCAACUCAAUUCUCCAUUUGGUUUAUAUAUUGAUGAUGAUGAUGAUCAAACUAUCUAUAUCGCAGACCAAUGCAAUCAUCGCAUUGUGAAAUGGAAGAGUGGUGCAACAAAUGGUCAAGUGGUUGCUGGUGAAAGUGGACAAGGAAAUAGAAAUGAUCAGUUGAACUAUCCAUUAGAUGUUAUUGUUGACAAAGAAAACGAUUCUCUUAUUAUCUGCGAUAGUGGUAAUAAACGAGUAGUGCGAUGGCCUCUUCGAAAUGGUACAAGUGGAGAAAUCAUCAUCUCAAAUGUUGACUGUCGGGGUUUGGCAAUAGAUAAUGAUGGAUAUCUCUAUGUUUCUGAUGUCAGUAAACAUGAAGUGAGACGAUGGAAAAUAGGAGAUACUAAUGGAACAAUAAUAGCAGGUGGGAAUGGAAAAGGUGAUCGUCUCGAUCAGUUCAAUGGGCCCUACAAUAUCUUUGUCGAUCAAGAUCAUUCAGUAUACGUAUCAGACAGAGAUAAUCAUCGUGUGAUAAAAUGGGCGAAAGAUGCAAGAGAAGGCAUUAUUGUUGCUGGUGAUCAAGGCCAAGGAAAUAGUCUGACACAAUUGUCCAAUCCUCGCGGCAUAGUUGUCGAUCAGUUAGGCACUGUCUAUGUGGCAGAUUGCGACAAUCAUCGAGUGAUGCGUUGGUCUAAAGGAGCUACACAAGGUAGUAUCGUUAUCGGUAGAAAUAGACGAGAAGGACAAGCAAAUCAACUCCAUUAUCCCGUAGGUUUGUCAUUCGAUCAGCAGAGUAAUCUCUAUGUUGUCGAUAAAGGGAAUCAUUGUAUACAAAAAUUUAAUUUUGAUCCAAAUUCGUGUUUGUGA